GCAGGAAAGCCGCGUCAGGGAGAGUUGGUUGAAGCAGAUCGAGUGCGGAGCCAUUUUUGCUUCCCACGCGACUUCACAAACGUUUUCCUCCUCCCCUUUUCUUUUCAUUUCUCUCUCUCCUCUCUCUCUCUCUCUCUCUCUCAAAAGAGGAGCACGCCAAAAAGGAAAAAAAAAAGGAAAAGAAAAUUAUUACCACCAUCAUCAGCAUCAUCAUCCACUUCGCUGCAUCCGCUCUCCGCAAAAAAGAGCGACCCUUCUCUAUUUCUCUCUCUCUCUCUCUGAAGAUCCUCUUUGGCGAUAAAUCACUGUCGCCCAAUUCUUCCUUUGUGUCCGUUCUGGUGCCUCCUCCUCUCUGUCUUCGACAUUUCAGCUCGUUCGGGCUGAAAAAAUCAAUCCUUUACUGCUUCUUUUUGCCUCUGUUCCAGUACGGCUGUAGUUGAGGAAGCAGGAGUCAAUUGAUAUUUGGUCGAUCUGGUCUGCGGCUUUUGUUGGCAGUUGGGGGAAGUUGAUUGACAGAAGAGGUAGAUCUAAAGGAUCAAAAGGAUGUCAUUUACCGGCACCCAAGUUAAAUGCAAGGCUUGCAAUAAGACAGUUUAUCCUGUCGAACAGUUAUCUGCAGAUGGGGUUGCAUACCACAAGUCUUGCUUCAAGUGCAGCCACUGCAAAGGCACAUUGAAGCUGAGCAGUUACUCCUCAAUGGAAGGAGUUCUUUACUGCAAGCCUCACUUUGAGCAGCUGUUCAAGGAGACUGGUAAUUUCAACAAGAACUUUCAGUCACCAGCUGCAAAGUCAGCUGAGAAGUCAACUCCAGAACUGACAAGAUCACCCAGCAAGGCUGCUGGCAUGUUUUCUGGUACACAAGAUAAAUGUGCAACCUGUGGCAAAACUGCCUAUCCACUGGAGAAGGUAACAGUGGAGAGCCAGACCUAUCACAAAUCAUGUUUCAAGUGCUCUCAUGGAGGUUGCCCCAUAACCCCAUCAAACUAUGCAGCUCUAGAGGGCAUCUUGUACUGCAAACACCACUUUUCCCAGCUUUUUAAGGAGAAAGGAAGCUAUAACCAUCUCAUCAAGUCUGCAUCCAUGAAACGGGCGGCAGCGUCAAUUCCAGAAGCUUAAAAUGACCUUGAUUAUGAUGAUUCUUGUGCGGUUAUUUGGUCGUAUUGAUGUGUGCCUUUUGUUUGUCUAGCUUGAUCAUCUUGUGGAGGAGCUAGUGAACUUGGUUCCUCCGUUUCUGCUUUCCACAAAUCCAGUGACAAGCCCUUUAUUACAUUGUGAUGGAUAAUAUGCAAUUCCGAGUCUGAGUUUGUGAAUUUUGACAUUUUUAUUUAACUGCAGAUAUGAAUUUUGGACA